AUGGGAAACUCCUCGAGUUCCGUGACUUCUGGAAUCAAGAAUCAGAUCGAUGGAUCUUCGAAUGUCAUUUAUCCUUUGGCUGAUGUGACUGGCAAUGGAGAGUUGGCUAAUUUGGCAAAAGAGGCAAUCAAACUUGGCAAUACUGAUCUGUUGGACAAAACUAUCAAGAAGGUAAGGGUAAAUCAGUGUUUUAGGUAAUAAAAAGGUCUAGAAUGGUAAUUUUGGUACCUAUAAAGAGUAAAGUAAUAUUUUAGAUAACAUAAGUAAAUAACUUUGUUUUUUAGGUAACAAAAAAAGUAAAGUUGCUUUUUUAAGUAUGGUCGAGGCCUGAACUAGUGUUUUAGGAGCAAAAUAGUAGUUCAGGCAAUAAUGAAGAGGAAAAUGGUAUUUUAGGUAGCACAACGAGGAUUAAACUAGUGUUUUGGGUAACAAUAUUGAAUAUCAUAGUAGUUUAGGCAACAUAAAGUAUAAAGUGUUAUUUUAGAUAACAAUGUUGACUAAAUUAUUAGUUUAGGUAAAAAUAAUUAAGUAAAAUGUAUUUUAGGUAUCAAUAAUCAGUAAGUUAGUAUUUUUAGUAACAAUAAAGGUCAAAAGUAGUAUUUUAGGCAACAAUAAGCAGUAAAAUAGUAUUUUAAACAAGAAAAUUAAAUUUCAGAUAACAAUAAAGAGUAAAUUACUAGUAUAUGUAACAAAAAGCUGUAAAUCUUCAAAAAAAUUUUUAGUAUUAUAUUUUUUAAAAAUUCAUUUUCAGAAAAUAACCCCCUUUCUUUACAAUGAUGGUGAAGGUGCUCUACUCCCAAUUCACGAAGUAAUCUCAGUACGACACAAAGAACGUACUGGAAACGACUUCAGCACCGUGUCCCAACUCAAAAAGUUUGUAUGUUGGCGUCUGGACUGUCGUGGAGCUGUGGGUGAGACCCUUCUUCACGUAUGCUUCUUAUCAGGUCUGCCAGAUAAUAUGAAGUUACUGGCACAUCGACUACUAGCCCUGUUUCCCAAUAUUAUCAAUGACUUCUACUUGUGUGAUGAAUAUUACGGAGAGACGGCGCUUCACAUGGGUAUUGUCAAUGAAGAUCCGGAAAUUGUGAGGUUUUUGUUGAAGAAUGGAGCUUCUGUUGAUGUACGAUGUACUGGCAACUUCUUUACAUGUGAUGAUCAGAAGACAUCGAGAGAAGAUAGUGCUGUCUCGGAACAUGCUCAGCUGCACAAGAAUACUUAUUAUACUGGGUAAAAAUUAGUUAAUUGUGGGGUUUGGCAAAAUAGGGUAAGGCAGAGUAGGACAGGGCAUGAUAAAAUAGACUACGGAAGGUUACAGCAGGCUAGGGUAGUAUCGGGUAUGGUAUUUCAAAGUAUGGUAACGCGGGUAUAGGAAGAGUAAAGUAGGGUAGUCUAUGAUAACAUAGUUUAAGGUAGGACACAGUACCGUAGUAUGGGUUAGGCUUACAUGAGAGGUUAGGACAAAGUAAAGGUAGGAAAGUACAAUAGGGUAGGGUAGGGUAGGGUAGGUAGGGUAGGGUAGGGUAGGGUAGGGUAGGGUAGGGUAGGGUAGGGUAGGGUAGGGUAGGGUAGGGUAGGGUAGGGUAGGGUAGGGUAGGGUAGGGUAGUGUAGGGUAGGGUAGGGUAGGGUAGUGUAGGGUAGGGUAGGGUAGGGUAGGGUAGGGUAGGGUAGGGUAGGGUAGGGUAGGGUAGGGUAGGGUAGGGUAGGGUAGGGUAGGGUAGGGUAGGGUAGAGCAGAGUAAGGUGUUGUAUGGUUGGGUAAAAUAGUGAAUGAGCUUCCGUACACCUAUUUUCAGUCACUUAUAUUGGGGUGAAUACCCCCUGACCUUUGCUGCUUGUAUUAGUCAAACUGACUGUUUUCGAAUUCUAUGUGGCUAUGGAGCAAACCCAAAUUGGCAAGAUACGAAUGGUAAUACUGUGCUUCAUAUAUGCACUAUUCAUGAGAACUGGGUAUGUUUUUGAAAGGUAAAAUACGAUUGUUUAAAAAUGUGAUAGGAAAAGUAAUAUUUUUAGGAAAUGUUCGAGAUAGCACUAAGCCAUGGUGCUAAUUUGCACAUUGAGAACAAACAAAACUUGACACCGCUGACUUUGGCAUCAUACUUGGCUAAACAGGAGGUAAGGAACUGAGUAUUGUUUAAAAUGACAUAUUCUUUUGAAAAAUGACAAGAAUUUUUUUUACAAAACAAGUAAUGGCAAGAACUUUCUUUACGAAACAAGAAAUGACAAGAACUUUCUUUACAAAACUAGAAAUGGCAAGGACUUUCUUUACAGUGCACAAACUGAUUAUUAUUGUAGAUGUUUGCCAAAAUCCUAAAAGUCGAACGUGAAGUGUAUUGGACGUACCGUGGAGUACGAUCUUCAGGCUAUCCAUUAGAACAUAUUGAUUCGAUUCAUCCGAAAACGGGCGAAAUCAACCCUAAUUCAGCAUUAGUUCUGGUAAUAUACGGAGAGAGUGCUGAUCAUUUACAACUUUUACCUAAUUUACUGGAGAAGUUGAUCAAUUGUAAAUGGACAACAUAUGCUAAAAGGGAGUAAGUGCAGCAUACUAUAUGACUCUUACAAUAUAUUUGGCAUUGAACUGGUAUUGGUAGUGGAAUCAAAAUACAGUAGUUAGAGUUUUGAACUAUAGAGGUUAGUUUAAGUUUUAUGGCAGGACAGGGCCUUUAAAAAUAUUUAGGACAGGAAACCACUAGAGUAAGAGCUCGUGAGGGUAGGGUAGGAUUAGAGAUGAGAAACAGGCCGGGCCUGAUUUUUUACGUGCAAACGGGCCGGGCUUUUCGAGACAGGCCGGACUUUGAUUUUCAGGCCUGGUCCGUUCCUUAUAUCUAGCUAGGAUAUGGUAGGGUAUGGGUUACAAUAGGGUUUUGGGCAUGGAAAGACUAGAGUAAGGACUGGUGGGAGCAAAAUACAGUAUUAUAUGUCAGAAGUAUGGUUGUUACAGUAGGGGCUGUAGUAGGGUAAGAUAGGAUAGGGUAAGGUAGAGUAGGGUAGGGUAGGGUUGGGUAGGUUAGGGUAAGGUGGGGUGGGGUAGGGUAGGGUAGGGUAGGGUAAGGUAGGGUAGGGUAGGGUAGGGUAGGGUAGGGUAGGGUAGGGUAGGGUAGGGUAGGGUAGGGUAGGGUAGGGUAGGGUAGGGUAGGGUAGGGUAGGGUAGGGUAGGGUAGGGUAAAAUAAAAAUAAUGUUAACGUCUUACUACAGUAAGAUGCAAUACUAAUAAGUUAUAGUAUAAUUAUCAUUACUAUAUUUCACUGUAAUGUUUUUUACUUUUUAGCUCUUAUUGGUCAAUUCCGUAUUUUACAAAAUAAACUUAUGUUUUACAGACUAUAUCGCCAACUAGCCAUUUUUACCUUAUAUUUUGUGUUGAUGGUGAUUUGUUUAUUGAACCGACCUACUCCGUACGAUAGGAAGUAUAACAAUACUACUUUGAUAUGCAUAGCUAACUUUCCAUUUGUUGAAUAUAACAAAAUGAGCUCUAGUGAAAUUGUAAGUUAUAAAAAAUAGCAAGAACUUUCUUUACAAAACAAAAAAUUAAAAAAAUUAUUCAUUUUAACUAUGUAAUAAAUAUUAUUUUAGCUUUACUACACAGUAAAUGUACUAGUAGUUCUUGGCGCAGUAUAUUACCUGUUGCAAAUGUACAGUCAUAUACGGAACGUUGGCCAGAAAAUGUACUUUCAGAGCUUGGUAAGAUUAAAAAUGACAUUAGUUUGGGUUUUGUUGUAUAUUGCCUGGAUUGAUGCAAAAAGAAUGGCGCGUUGUUUAGAAAGUAUUGUUUUAAAAAUUGGGGUUUAAAUGCCAUUGUUUUUGCAUCAGAAAAGUAGGAUUUUUCAAUUUUUUAAAUUUAUUUACGUAUUUUACUACAGAGUGUCUUAAGAAAUUUGCAGGAUUUGAAAAAUUUUUUAUUCAGCGAUAAAAAUCGCUAUAGGUACCAAAUUUAGUACAGCGAUAGUAGAGAAAAUAUAUAUUUUUUAUAAAAAAUUUUGGAUUUUAAAAGUGCAUUUUAAAUUUUUUAUGAUUUUUUAAAAAUAGGCAUUUUUCACCAAAAAUACACAUAUUUUUGGUUGAAAAUGCUUUUUUUCUUCGAAAUUUGCGAAAGAAUUAUAAAAUUUAUCGAUUUUCAAAUGAAAAGACUGAUUUUAAAUGUCGGCGAAGGCUCGGCGGAGGCCGGCGGACGCGUUCAGAUAUCGGCGAAGGCUAUAACUCGCUUCAAAAUUGUCGUAAAAUUAUGAAACAAAAAUUAUUUCAUUUGAAGUUAUUAAGUCUACAAUUGUAGGAUAUAAAUUUUUAAUAUUUUAAUAUUUUUAAAUUUAAAAAAUGGACAAAUGAUAAAUAUUUAUUUAUUAAUAUUACUUAUAUUAUCUAAUUUCUACGUUAUUACCUUUAAUUUUUAAAAAAUCAUAAAAAAUUUAAAAUGCACUUUUAAAAUCCAAAAUUUUUUAUAAAAAAUAUAUAUUUGCUCUACUAUUGCUGUACCAAAUUUGGUACCUAUAGCGAUUUUUAUCGCUGAACAAAAAAUUUUUCAAAUCCUGCAAAUUUCUUGAGACACCCUGUAUAUAAAUACUAUUUUAGUGGGGAUUUCCAGCAAAAACGACAUUUUUAAUAUCAUGUGUCUUUGUAAUAUUUGGCUUUUUACUUCGCAUUUUCUGUUGGGACGAUUUUGAAGAUAUCAUAUGGGAAGUCACUAUAUUAUUGACUGCUGUUUACUACCUUUUCUUCUUUCGGUAUGUUGUUUGGGGCAGUGAAAUUAGAGUACGAUAGGGUUGAGAUGAGUACGAUAAGUAGGAAAUGCUACAGUAGGGCCAGAUAAGGUUAGGAAAGGUAGGAUGGGGUAAUGUGAGGGUAGGGAAGGGUAUAGUUAGGGUAAGGUAACUUUAGGGUGGGGUAGGGUAAAAAUAAGGUGGAGUAAUGUUAUGUUAAGGCAGGGUAAAGCAAGGGUGGGGCAACUUUAGGCUAAGCUAGGGUAAAGUUAUGAUAGAGUAGGGCUGGAGUAAUUAUUGGUAAGGUAAGUCCAAGGUGUGGUAAAAAGUUUUUAAAUUUUUCAGAGGAUUCAAAUCAGUAGGACCAUUUGUACUAAUAUUGUACAAGAUUAUAAUUAGAGAAAUUAGCCGAUUCAUUAUCAUUUACAGCAUUAUUGUCAUCGGAUUUUCACAAUGUAAGUUCUUUGAUUUUAAAAUGGCUAAAAUUUUCUUUACAUGACAAAAAAAAUGGCAAGAACUUCUUUACUAAAGAAAAGAUGGCAAAAACUUUCUUUCCAAAUCCAAAAAUAGUAGAGUCAAAAAUCUUUCGUAUAAGAUGUCUUUCGCAGGCUGCCGAAUAAAUAAAGAACACCAUAUUAGCCUAUUUUCGCCUAACAUAAUCUUAUUCAGCAUUUUACAUUCUCUUCAUCGGGUACCGUCGCAAAGACCCCAAAUACGAUCAUAAAGAUGGUAACAUAAUGUCGAAUGUUGCUGAGAGUUUCAUCCGCAUGUUUAUAAUGUCAUUGACCGAAUUUGCUGUAUUUUUUGAACAAUUAGAGCUAUGUGAACUGUCAAUCGUAGGAAAGUUUACUUUCAUCAUAUACAUGUUGUUGGUUACCAUGUUACUCAUGAACAUGCUGAUUGCCAUGAUGACCAAUACUUAUACUGAGAUUGCGGCCAAUGGACUUGAGUAUGUACGCCAGUUUGCUGCUAUUAUACUGAACAUGGAGCAGAGUUUUACACCGGAAAAACGGUUACGAUAUCAGCAAGCGUACAGUAAUCCUAUGAGCGAUCGGAGUAAAAUCGCUUUGUUGAUGAAGCAACGGCUUACGGUAGGUUUAAUAUAGUAGGGUAUGGUGGUUAGGAUAAGGUAAGAUUUGGCAGGAUAAAGUAUAGUAGAAUAGGGGAGGGUGGGGUAAAUUAGGGUAGAAUAUGGUAGGGUGGGGUAGGGUAGUUUAGGAUAUACGAUUGAAGUUUUAAAACUAAAAAUUAAUUUUUAGGAGGAAGAAGUUGAAGAAGAAGACCACGAACUAAUGAAAAUGUGGAGAAAGUUCCGUGAGGAUAAGCGAAGACAACAGCUUCAAUCUCCUUAA